CACGCACGCAGCACGUCCGCCGCUCGCUUCCUGCCGCGGCGGCCUCGGAGGCGGCCUGACGGGACCCGCGCCCGGCCUCCCGGAGCGGUAUGCGGCGCUGACGAGCGGGACCCUCCGCGGCGGCGCCAUGAACCUCCUGCCGUGCAACCCGCACGGCAACGGGCUGCUCUACGCCGGCUUCAACCAGGACCACGGGUGCUUUGCGUGCGGGAUGGAAAAUGGAUUCCGAGUCUACAACACCGAUCCGCUGAAAGAAAAAGAGAAGCAAGAGUUUCUGGAAGGAGGAGUCGGCCACGUCGAAAUGCUGUUCCGCUGCAACUACUUAGCGUUAGUUGGCGGUGGGAAAAAACCAAAGUACCCUCCCAACAAAGUGAUGAUCUGGGACGACCUGAAGAAGAAGACCGUCAUCGAGAUCGAGUUUUCCACGGAGGUCAAGGCGGUCAAGCUGCGGCGGGACAGGAUCGUGGUGGUUUUGGACUCCAUGAUCAAGGUGUUUACAUUCACACACAACCCCCACCAACUGCACGUCUUUGAAACCUGCUAUAACCCUAAAGGCCUCUGUGUCCUGUGCCCCAACAGCAACAACUCCCUCCUGGCCUUCCCGGGCGCGCACACCGGCCACGUGCAGCUCGUGGACCUGGCCAGCACCGAGAAGCCGCCCGUGGACAUUCCCGCCCACGAGGGCGUCCUGAGCUGCAUCGCCCUCAACCUGCAGGGAACAAGAAUCGCAACUGCGUCUGAAAAGGGGACCCUUAUAAGAAUAUUUGAUACUUCAUCAGGGCAUUUAAUCCAGGAGCUGCGAAGAGGGUCUCAAGCAGCGAACAUUUAUUGCAUCAACUUCAACCAGGACGCGUCCCUCAUCUGUGUGUCCAGCGACCACGGCACGGUGCACAUCUUCGCCGCGGAGGACCCGAAGCGGAACAAGCAGUCGAGUCUGGCCUCGGCCAGUUUCCUCCCGAAAUACUUCAGCUCCAAGUGGAGCUUCUCCAAGUUCCAGGUGCCCUCGGGCUCUCCGUGCAUCUGUGCCUUCGGAACAGAGCCAAAUGCCGUCAUCGCGAUCUGUGCUGACGGCAGCUACUACAAGUUCCUGUUCAACCCCAAGGGGGAGUGCAUCCGAGACGUCUACGCCCAGUUCCUGGAGAUGACCGAUGACAAGCUGUGACCCCGCCUCCGCAGAGCGGUCGGCACCCACGGCCGAGCGCCCCGCGGUGCUGGGUGCGCCCAGACUCCUGGGGCCUCGUGGGCCAUGGGCCGGAGGGACUGCCCGGGGACCUGGGCCUGGAAGCCGCACGCGGCCAUCUGUUUCCCUCCGCAGAGCUUCGCAUUCCCAGUGUUGGAGGGGGAACCACCGUCGAGGCCCCACGGACACUCACGUAGCUCUGGGCAGCCCGAGCUGGACACUGGCUGGUCACCAGGGGUGCGGGCGCGGCGGCAGCUUCAGCGACCACCACUCCCCACGCCUGCGCCGGGGCUCCGCACGGACUGGGGGCCUGGGCGGGCGCGGGGCGGACACACCGAGGUUUGCUCUGGGAACAGAUCCCAUUGUGUUCACCGAGUCCGCGACGGGGAGGUGGGCGGCCGUGUGUAGAUGUCAGUCCUCACGCGACGGCCAGAGGUGGCAAGAGCAGCAGCACCAGCAGCUUGCCUUGCGGAAGGGGAGGGGCGUGUCCUCCCGUCCGAGCCCGAGGCAGAGAUGCCGCUGUGUCAGGCACAGGCGGCCGCUCCCCCGGGAGCCCUGCUGCAAGGUCCCCGCCUGCUGCGACCGGCGUCCUGUGUCCUGGGGCGGCUGUGGGCUCCGAGGCCGCCGCCAGGCCCACCCGUGGGCAGGGCACGUGAGCCUCGCCUGGGUCCCCUGGGGAGGCGGCGGUGACACGGCCCCCUGCUGUGUGCAGGGGCAGAGUCGUGCAGUGUCACCUGAGGCAGAGAACCCGGAGGGGCAGGGUCGGUGUCCCCGCAGGGCGGGUGGGACCCCCGCGCCCGUCUCCCAGCGCCGGCGGGGUGGGCCGCUCACUGCGGUCCCGGCUGUGGGCUCCCCCCCCGCCAUCGGUCGGUGCCGCUUGAGUCUGCAUCUGGGCUCCGUCCGUCCCCUCUGGAGGCCCCGGGUCACGGCUUUCGGUUCACGUCGCAGACACCUGGAGCCUGCGCAGCAAGUCCUCCGUCCGCCUGUCCGUCACUCUCCUGUAAUCGCUAACUUUGUACGUGGGUUUCAGCGUCCAGCAUGCAUGUUCUGUCAUGUGUAUUUAAUCAUGCAGUUUAAUUUUGCACACUUGUUUUUAAUGUUUCUUUUAAAUAAAAGUGACUAAUUUUGUUGUA